CGAAGAAGCCCUAAAGCAACUGGUAGAAGAAACCCUAAAAUGGAUUUGGAGGAAUUUUCAGAAGCUUUAGAUUUUUUGGAUUCUGCUAAAGAUGAUGGAGCUGCAAUUCAUCUAUACUCUAGAAGACCUAAUUCUCAUGGAGGUCAUCUUCUACCAAGAACUUUUCAGCCCCUCUCUAAUCGAAACCAGAAGUUCAACAGACAUCUUCGCCCUUCACCGUUAGAGAAGUGGGAAGACAAGGAAGAUAUGAUCAUUCCCAAUUCUGCUACAACUGCUAAUCGUCAAAGUCUCACUUGUAAAACUAAAACCACCGACAAGAGAGACCGUGCUACUGUUGAACAGGAUAUUGAUCCAAGAACUCGUAUGGUGUUGUUCAAAAUGCUGAAUCGUGGUAUAUUUGAUGACAUAAAUGGCUGCAUUUCUACUGGGAAAGAAGCCAAUGUUUAUCAUGCGACAAAAGAUGAUGGACAAGAAUUUGCAGUAAAGGUCUAUAAAACUUCAGUUCCAGGAUUCAAGGAUGGGGAUCGUUAUAUACAAGGGGAUUAUUGUUUUCGGCGUGGAUACUUGAAGCACAAUCCCAGGCAAACGCCUAAGAGUUGGGCAGAAAAUGAAAUGAGGAACCUUAUGAGGCUAAAGGCAGCAGGGAUCAGGUGCCCAACUCCAAUAUUUUUGAGGCUUCAUGUUUUGGUUAUGGAAUUUAUAGGAAAAUCAGGGAGGGCUGCUCCUUGUCUCAAGGAUGCAAAUCUAUCUGAAGACAAGAUGGGUGAAUGCUAUGUACAGUUGAUUAUGGUGAUGCGAAAUUUAUACCAAAAGUGCAACCUGGUGCAUGGAGACUUGAGCGAGUAUAGUAUACUCUAUUACGAGGAUAUAUACUUGUAGAGAGAAAGCAAAGAAAUGUAAUGAUCUGAAGAACCAGGGAAAAAGUAUCAUUUUAGAGAUCUUCAUAGGUCCCCUUAUCAUUAAAAAUUGUCCCCCCUCUUUGUUUUAUCUAUAUGGUCCAGUCCUAUCCAUUAUAACAAGCUGCUGCUUCCAGAAAAUGAAAUGCAGGAAGAUUUUUAAUAGGAACAGUCUUGAUGUAGUACAAGUCUUCUCAACUUGUAGCAGAGAUAACUCACAAUGUGUAAAAAUAGCUAAUAAAAUGGAAAGGAGAAAGAGAUAGAUAUUCACUUACACUUU